AUGGAUAAAGACAAGUGAAACCAAAUCUUGCUCCUAGGAGCAGCCACACUUGGGUUUAUCAGCCUUCUUCACUAUAGAAAAACUCGUCACGAGCCCAGAAGAAUCACACGCAGGACAACUUCCCAAGUCCGUCAAAUAGAAAGACUUGAAAAAAUCCUUAACGAACAAAAAGCAAUCGAAAAUGACGCUGCAAAAGGUGUUAGGGCUCCCAAAAUGCUGCCUCCUCCAGAAGGAAAAGUCUUCUUAAACCCACUUUUGGGUACUGGCGUUAAACAAGAUAUCAACUCCGGCCGAGCUUUUCUCCCUGAGUCAGUUUUCAAUAAAGUUGGUGGCUACUUAGUCGCUGACAACGCUUUUUCUGAAGAAUCCUGCCCAAUUGCAGGGUCAAUUUUACUAUUAAAAGGCAGCCCUAGAAUGGAAAUUAUCAUGAACCCUAAAAACGUCAAAGCAGCCAUCGUUACCUGUGGAGGUCUCUGCCCAGGCCUGAACGUGGUUAUCCGAGAAAUCGUCAUGUCGCUUUACUAUAACUACGACACCACCGAAAUAUAUGGUAUUUGGAAUGGUUACCAAGGAUUUUAUACUGAAGGCUGCAUAAAAAAGCUUACCCCACACGACGUCGUAGACAUUCAUACCCUUGGAGGGACAAUUUUGAAGUCUUCUAGAGGUGGCUGGAAUUUGGAAAAAAUAGCUGACUCUAUUGAAGAGCACGGUUUUAACCAAAUUUAUAUAAUAGGAGGAGAUGGGACACAUAGAGGAAUUAAUGCAAUGGUAGAAGAAAUGGAAAGGAGAAACCUUUCAGUUUUCAUUGCAGGGAUUCCUAAAACUAUUGAUAAUGAUAUACCAAUCAUUGAUAAAAGCUUCGGGUUUGACACGAGUGUAGAGGAAGCACAAAGGGCUAUUGACUCAGCAAAUAUUGAAGCCAAUAGUGCAGAAUAUGGAGUAGGGCUUGUAAAACUUAUGGGGAGAAAUAGUGGGUUUAUUGCUAUGCAAGCGUCAAUUGCUAAUAGAAAUGUAUGGAAAAAAAAGUUAAAUUAGGGUGAUUUAUUUUUUUAAAAAAAAUAAGAAAUAUUUGUAGGGAAAGAUAUAAAUGUCUGCUUAAUUCCUGAGUCUGAAUAUGAACUAUCAGGGCCAAAUGGGGUUUAUAACUAUAUAUUGGAAAGGCUUAAAAUUAAAAAACACGCUGUUGUAGUGGUCGCUGAAGGAGCUGCUGUGUCUUGUAAGGACGAAAAACUUGUAAUGCCAGGGACAGAUGCCUCAGGCAACCCGAUUUUAUAUGAUAUAGGCAAACAUUUGAGGGACGGGAUAGUAAAAUAUUGUAAGGAAAGGGAUAUGAAUAUUACAUUAAAAUAUAUUGAUCCUACUUAUAUGAUCAGGACGGUCCCAGCUAACUCAGGAGACAAAGUUUUGUGCGCAACAUUGGCACAGGCGGCGGUUCAUGGGACUUUUGCUGGGUUUACAGGGUUUUCCGUUGGAUGUGUAGGCGGAGCGGCUUGCUUUAUUCCGAUUGAUUUAAUGAUUUCGACGAGAGAAGGAAAAAACUCGUUGCCAGGACAGCGAAGAGUGGAUCUAGAAGGAAACUAUAUGUGGUGGAGGCUCAUGGCUUCGACUGGGCAGCCAAGCUUUAUUAAUGAGGUUAGUCUCGCUAAUUAA